AUGACACUCUCUCUCUCUCUCUCUCUCUCUCUCGCUCUCUCGCUCUCUCAAGUAAGGAGGUCGGCCCAAAUUUGAGUUCAGGAAGGGUCAAGGAGAGAUGGAGAAGAAGAAUAAGUGUGAGCUUAGGGAGAAGCUUCGAUUGUACAAUUCAAUGACGAAGCAGAAGGAAGUGCUGAAGCCGUUAGUGGAGGGCAAGAUCCGCCUGUAUGUCUGUGGGGUCACUGCCUACGACUUCAGCCAUCUCGGCCACGCUCGGGCCUCUGUCGCAUUCGACGUCCUCUACAGGUACCUUCUACACUUGGAGUAUGAUGUUACUUACGUCCGCAACUUCACCGAUAUCGAUGACAAGAUAAUUGACCGAGCCAAUGCAAUGAGGGUGGACCCCUUGUCUCUAAGUGACCGAUUUUGCCGAGCAUACAAUGAGGACAUGGCUGAUCUCCAGUGCCUUCCUCCCAACCUCCAGCCCCGAGUUUCCGACCACAUGGAACAGAUCAAGGCCAUGAUUCAGCAGAUUAUUGACAAUGACAUUGCCUAUAAAGUGGAUGGCGGUGAUGUGUUCUUCUCUGUCGAUAGGAGCCCGAACUACGGGCAGUUCUCCCGGCAGGACCUGGACAAUCAUAGGGCCGGGGAGCGUGUCGCAGAAGACCCUCGGAAACUGAACCAAGCAGAUUUUGCUUUAUGGAAGGCUGCAAAGCCUGGUGAGCCAAUCAGUUGGGAGAGCCCAUGGGGGCCAGGCAGGCCCGGGUGGCACAUAGAGUGCAGUGCAAUGAGUGCCCAUCACCUUUCCCACAAGUUUGAUAUCCAUGGUGGAGGAAUUGACUUGAUCUUCCCGCACCAUGAGAAUGAGAUAGCCCAGAGCCGUGCUGCGUGCGCAGAGGCCAGGAUUAGUUGCUGGAUGCACAACGGUCUCUUCACCAUAAACAAUCAGAAAAUGUCAAAAUCUGACCGGAAUUUCAUCCAGAUUCGUUACAUUACUGAGAGAUACCAUCCGUUGGCUGUGAGACACUUCCUGAUAAGUGCGCAUUAUCGAUCUCAUCUUAACUAUUCCCCAUUGCAGUUGGAAGGCUCUUCCGAUGCUGUUUACUACAUAUAUCAGGUCAUCCACGACUCUGAAGAUGCUUUGUCGACUUUCAAACAAGAAAUAGAAAGCACCGAGCAACCGAACGACGAGACUGGGAAACUGCUCCCUGCAGCUCAGGAGUGCACAAGCAAGCUCUGGAGAGAAUUCUAUUCCAAAAUGUCUGAUGACCUUAGUACUGCUCAUAUACUCAGUGGGGCGUUUCAAGAUGCCUUGAAGUUCCUGAACAGCAACUUGAACACCCUUAAGAAGCACAAGCAGAGGCAGCGGCAAUUCGCUGUAGUAGCUCAGUCCUUGUCUGAGAUCAAGACACAAAUUAAGGAGGUCCUUGGAAUUCUGGGGUUGCUCGUGCUCCCGGUCCAGCCUCUCACUUAUGAACGGGUUCUGGAGGAGUUGAAGCAGAAGGCACUGAGGAGAGCAGACUUGCAACAAGCUGACGUUGAAAGGCUUAUUCGGGAGAGAGCUCUAGCAAGGAAAAAUAAGGAAUUUGCAAAGAGUGAUCAGAUAAGGGCCAGUCUGAUGGCAAAGGGGAUUGCGCUCAUGGACUUGGGAGAGAAUACUGAUUGGAGGCCCUGCGUCGCCACACCCCUCGCCUAGGAACCAAACAACCAAGAAUUGCCCAUGGAGAGUGUCUGCACUGUUGCAGUUCGUAUUCCAGAUCUCGCCUUUAGUAGUAUCAAAAACUCAUUUUAGUUAGUAAUAGAUCUUUUACACUUGGGAUUCUUUCAUACCUUAGGAAGCAUCCAGUUUUACGGGCCAAUCAUCUUCUUCGGUUGUGUCAAGUUUCCAGUGAAUGUGACUGUUUUCUGGCAAAGAAUUCAUCUCUUUGGUGUACACAGACGUCAUUCAUAGAGUAGAUUUGAGGAAAGUGUGAGUUCUGCAUUUUGGGAGAUCAAGUUCUCAUGUGCUGGCAAUGAAUGUGUCGUGUAGAUGCUCUUCGGGGCAUCCUAUUCCAACCCUCCCGGAAGGUAGGAAUGACGAAUGUCCUUCUACUCAUUCACCUAUCAUAGGAGGCCAUCACUUUGUAUUACAAACUCUGGUCUUGCUCCGGGAGCUACUCCGGAAGACUGGAAACACAUCUUUACAGGUGCAGUGUACCUCCGUUGCGAGGUUAGUUAUUUGUCUUCAGUUCUACUGCCACAGAAUAUCAAGUUAGCAAUAGGAACAAACUUGAUGGCAGGGAAGAGUAAAAGCUGGACAGAAUCUGAUGAUUUAAAAUGUGGUGGAGGAAUGCCAACGCCCGUGGCGCCAAUCGGUACUCCAUGUGAAGUCUGGAAAAUCGGCGAUGAGUUACUACAGUUUAGGCUUGUCUUUUAAGACAAAAAAGAGAUGAAAUGUCGUAGAUGGACACACAGAUCUAGUAGCAGUUGUCGAACUUGCUGCAUAUUUGAUUUUUAAUUGCGUAUGUAUAUAAUGCGAUGCGACGGAGUUAGUUAUUAUUAUUUUUAUUUGUU